GCAACGGCGUAAUGUAUUGUAAUUAGAAUUUUUAGCACAAAAUGGCACAAAUUCGAAGAAUUCACCGMAAUGAUUCAUUAUAUCCAGGCUCAGAUAAGUUCUAUAAACCCUAUAUAGGCAAAGGAGAGAUAAUAUUUGCAGGGCCAGAUGCAAUCAGAAAUCAAAAAGUCACAAUUCUUAAUCCAACCUAUGUUGGUAUUGGUACAAUGUCUCCUGAGGGGACAAGUAAUGUUGAUUAUCUAUGGAGACCAGGAAGGAGAUGGGCUUAUCCUCUACCAAAAUCAGCAAAGGUAGGAGCUAUUGGAUGGGGAUUGCACUUAUAUCAAGAUARCAAGCGAUUGAAAAGUGGAAACCAAAUUAAUAGAGGAACAUUUAGGCAGCAAUGUGAAGACAGACACACCCAUUUAUAUCAAAAUCCUUGGUACCCCGACAUGCAAAGUGAAGAUGGCCUGCAAGGAGCAARUGAUGGGAAAUGUAGUCAAAGUUUUUGUGUUGUAUUUCCAGGAAAUAGGUACCAGGAAGAAACUGCUCCCCCUUGUUCUAGAGAGAGGUGUCUGUCACGGCAGAGAGCACUUAGCCCUGGCUUAUAUCGAUCACAUACUCCUUCACCUCGUACUGUACAUUAUGGMAUUCAACGWAGAGCUAAGUCCUGYACACCACCUGAUGGUCAAAGAGURCGGUCUGGAACAAUGUCAAGUACUGCAACAACAGUCCAGAGUCAACUCUAUGCAAUAUAAGAGGCACAACUGCAAUAGCUUAAUUACAGUAUGGAUGAAUAAUUGAUCUUUCAAAUGUUGACAAAACAGUUGACAAAACAGUUGCUAUGACUUCAUAACAACACAUCAACAAAGUGUGACUACAAGAAUUCAAAUUGUGAAAUCAUCUGUAAAUUUGUAUUUAAAUUAGGUUGUUGAUAGUGUACUUUUGAAUAUUAUUGCAAGUUGAAUUAUAAUAAUAAUCAUGGUAUUUUUGAUAAAGUAAAUAAAGAGUUAACAUG